AUGGCUCCUCAUACAACACGCCCUCCAGGCAGGAUUCGUAUCAUCUGGACAAAAUUUGUCAAUAGCUUGAACUUUUUUCGCAUUCACGCCAUCUACUUCACCCUCACACCGAUCAUAAUGGCCUGCAUCAUCUUCGCCGUUAAUGGGGAGUAUCACAUGGAGUUUGUCGACGCGCUUUUCUUGUCGUAUAGUGCGAUCACGACGACAGGAUUGGCGAGCAUCAACGUCAGCUCGGCGACUGCGCUCCAGCAGUUCCUUAUCAUGUCGCAGAUGUUGCUUGGGCAGCUGGUGACAGUCAGUUGGGUGAUGGUAUAUGUCCGGAGACGGUUCUUCAUGAAAAAGUUUGAGCAUCUCGUGCGGCUCAGUCGGUCCCGCACCCAGGCCACAACCAACGCGGAGACCACGGCUCUGCGUAACCGUUUCCCCACCAUCUUUGCGCGUGCCCGUACGAGCUCUAUACGUCCACCUCCUCGGAUGGGAGACAAGAAGAAGCAUAAAGGACCCCUCUCGCUGGCGAUGAUCAAGCGGCUUUCGAGUGCGCCGCAGAAGGUCGACCCGAGUGGGAGGCUCGUAAGCAACCUGGAGAAAACACGCACUCGCACGGCAGAGGAUCCGGGACUGAGGUUCACCUCCCAGCCGAUACUGCUUUCGCCCCAGCAGAUGACGGGCACAUCGAAUGGGUUCCCGCAUCGAUAUGAUAGGUCGUAUUUCAGGGAUGAUGAGGAUCUUGAAGGACCGAAUUUUAUCGAGCCAGAAGAAGAAGAUCUGCCACCGAGACCUCUGAGGAGCCCUGGUCAGGAGACGCACUUUGCUCGAAGUCAGACCAUCGAGAUUCGGGAACCGAACAUCGAUCGAAUGCCACGCACGCAAACAGUCGACUUCCGCGAACCGCACCGGCCACCUAUCGAACGCCUAAACUCGCGUGCGACGACGUUCGAUGGGCGCUCUUACCAAUCCCGCAGACGCUCAUCCAUGUCCGGCGAGCCGUUCAACUCGAGCCAUAGGGAUUACCGUGACCAGGGCUUUGGAGGGUGGCCAGGACCGAACCGGCUCAUCGCGAGAUUGCACAAGAAGUUGUUCCCCAAAAUGCAUCUAUCCCUGUCGAGAACAAUGUCGGUCGCGCUUUCGGAAACGCUUCCGACAACUACGCACCAAUCGACUUAUCUUUCGUUCCAGGCUGUCGUAGGGCGAAACUCGAACUUUUUUGGAUUAACAUCAGAUCAGCUCGAAGAGCUUGGUGGUGUCGAGUACCGCGCUUUGGGAUUACUGCUAUGGCUUAUCCCAUCUUACAUGCUCCUAAUCUACCUUUCUGUGUUCGCAGCCUGUGCGAUCACCGCCGGUCUGCAUAAUAAUUACGCGUACGUGUUCGACGCCCAGCAAGGGCCAGUCAAUCCGGUUUGGUUUGGAUGCUUCCAAACUUUCGCCGCCUUCUCCAAUGCUGGCAUGUCACUCGUCGACACUUCGAUGGUGCCAUUCCAGACAGCCUAUGCUAUGAUAUUCUUCAUGAUCAUCGCUAUCCUGGGUGGUAACACUGCUUUCCCUGUCUUUCUUCGUCUCAUGAUAUGGAUUAUAUCAAAGCUCACAUCCAAUACCACACCCAUGGCAGAGACGCUUCGUUUCCUCCUGGAUCACCCACGGCGCUGUUUCGUAUACCUGUUUCCUUCUCCCCAGACUUGGCUGCUCACGUUGGUGCUCCUCCUCCUAAACUCCAUUGACUGGAUCUGUUUCGGUCUCUUGGAUAUCGGCAACCCAUACGUUGAAACAAUACCUGUGGGGGUUCGCGUCACAGACGGAUUGUUCCAAGCGAUUUCCGUGAGGGCUGCCGGGUUCGCUAUUGUCCAACUCGCUCUGCUCUCUCCUGCAGUCAAGCUUCUGUAUAUGACCAUGAUGUAUAUCUCCGCCUAUCCCAUAGCUAUGUCUGUGCGGUCCACGAAUGUGUACGAAGAAAAGUCUAUGGGCGUCUAUGACGAUGAGAGUAUGGAUGAGAACGAUGCGCCAACCGGGGAAUGGAAGUCUUACCUUGCAUGGCACAUCAAAAGGCAGUUGGCCUUCGAUAUCUGGUGGAUCUUUCUCGCUAUGCUGGUCAUUUGCAUCACCGAGCGGGGCAAGAUCUUGGAUCCGACCAACCCGUCUGUCGACAUCUUUCCCAUCAUGUUCGAAGUUGUCUCUGCGUACGGGACAAACGGAAUGAGCCUCGGGGUUUCCUACGACAAUUUCUCCCUGGCGGGUAGCUUUUCUCCCUUAUCAAAGGUUGUCCUCUGCCUCGUCAUGCUUCGGGGAAGGCACCGUGGACUGCCUCUUGCGAUUGAUCGCGCCGUCGUCCUGCCUUGGGAAUUCGAGCAGAAGAAGGAGGACGAACAGCCGGAACAAGACGACCCGCCGGCGGCACAAGAGAACGAAGUGCCGGAACCGGAGGAGCACGAGUUGGGUCAGGUGUCGGGGAGCAGCGAGAGUGAGCCUUCAUCUACUACAUUGCGCAGCGACGAGCAAGCAAGUCCACAGCAGACGGGAUCAACUGUUCCGCCGCAUCCGCAAUAGCUUUAUAGACAACAAACCACUACAGCAACAUCUCUUGGCAAUCUUGGCACCAUCUACGGUUCACAAUCUUGAACAACUCCAGUGGAUUCAUCACACGCAUAUUUCAUCUGUACAGAACACGCAAGGCAACUUCAUGUAUUCAACGAUCUCAUUGAACGAUUGGCAUCCCCAGACUCAAUAGAACUAUACCGAUUUCU